CCAGCUGCAGAGCAACUCCCCAAACAGGACAUCAGUAUUUGCUCUUAGCCGGCGGUGUGCGGUCGUCCAAGCGGGUGGUUUCUGUGCCCGAGCUCCUGAUACAAAGUUACCGCUAGCUCCGGUCGGAAUUACGUACUCGGAUACACGGCUGUGUGCCUGUGUGGGUGUCGGAGUUUUGUGUUUUUAAUCAACGCACAAGUGCAAUAAUAUUAAAGUGCGCCUCAGAUUGAAUUGAAGCCAUUAAACAACGGUAAAUGUCGCCGCAGCAUCACUUUGCUCAUAUAUGUGUGUGUGUUUUGGAUGUGUGCGUAUAAGUGCUGAUAAGUCCUUUCGUCCUGUAUUUGCCCGCGCUUUUUGCAAUUUGCUUUCGCUAUUUGUCAGCAUUUAUGUGCCGCAAUUUUUGUCCCGCCACCGGAAACAGAAGAGGCUCGAGAAUGAUUUAAUGCCCGAUUGCUAUCAGCGAAUGCCGCAAUUAUGUUUUAAUUGGCGCUAAAUGGUUUAUUCACACACACACACGCACGCACGGCAUCGAAAGGAUUAGCAGCAGGAUUCGAAAAUUGGGCAAAAGUCCUUGCAGGAAAAGCACCAAGGAAGCCAGGAGCUCAGGAACAAAAAGGCAAAACAUGGACCGGGAAAAAAGUGGAACGACAACAGAAAUUAACACAAAUGCUUCAUAAACUGACAUAUCUUGAUGAACAGGAAGGGCAAUGCAAACGGGAACCGGAAGUGCGGCAAACGGCGGGAGACACGUGUUAAGUAGCCUUAUCCAUAGUCAUUAUCAGUGAACUGUAAGCAAACAUGCCGAACCUCCAUCACGUCGACUACAAUCGAAAGUAUUCCGCCACGGAAACGAUUCAGAUCUACACGGACUGGGCCAACUACUACUUGGAACGUGCCAAAUCAAAAAGGAAAGUCACAGACCUCUCGGCCGACUGUCGGGAUGGCCUCCUACUGGCGGAAGUCAUCGAGGCGGUUACCACCUUCAAGGUGCCCGAUCUGGUCAAGAAGCCAAAGAGUCAACAGCAAAUGUUCGACAACGUCAACUCGUGUCUGCAUGUGCUGCGAAGUCAGUCGGUUGGCGGCUUGGAGAACAUCACCACGAAUGACAUCUGUGCCGGUCGUCUGAAGGCGGUCCUGGCCCUGUUCUUCGCCCUCAGCCGGUUCAAGCAGCAGGCCAAGCAGACGAAAUCGAUUGGCGUCGGUUGUGGCGGCGGCGGGGGAGUUGGAUCCUCGACGGCUCUAUCGGGCGGUUCGGUUCUGGGAAUCGGCCUGGGCGGCAGCUUGAGGCCUCCAGGCGCCAGUCUUCACCUGGCUGAUAAAAAUCAGCAAGAGCAGCAACAGCAAACCCCCCAACAGUUGGCCGCCCAGUCUUUGGAAAACGGCAAUGAAAUGGUGAACCGGCAAAUAGCACCCGCCUACACAAAGGUCAAUGGCGGCACCGCCAUCCCCCUCCCGGCCACCGUGAUGGUGCAACGUCGCUGUCCGCCGGACAAAGUGCGUCCGCUCCCGCCCACGCCAAACCAUACGCCAUCGAUUCCGGGCCUGGGGAAGAGCGGAAGUGAUUUCCAUUCAAGCCGUCCAAACAGUCCGCCCACCAGUAAUCACACAAUCCAGAGCCUCAAAAGCGGCAACAACAAUAGCCUGCGUCCGCCGAGCGUGAAGAGCAACCACCAGAGCGGGAUUCCCUCGCCGAGCAGUCCGCAGACCGCUCCUGUCCAGAAGCACUCCAUGCUGGACAAACUGAAGCUGUUCAACAAGGAGAAGCAGCAGAAUGCAGCCAACGCCGCCUCGGUGGUCAGCAAGUCGCAAAUCCAGUCGAAGCGGACCUCCUCCUCUUCGGGAUUCAGCUCGGCCCGUUCGGAGCGCUCCGACUCCAGCCUGAGCCUGAACGAUGGCAGCCACGGCAACUCCCAGCUGAAGCCUCCCAGCGUCAGUGUGGGUGCCCAGAAGGCUCCGCCGCCCAAGACCAAGCAGUCCAAGCUGCUGGCUGCCCAGCAGAAGAAGGACCAGACCAACAACAAGGCCAGGCUGGACAAGAAGGAGAAGAGCCCGGCGAGGUCCUUGAACAAGGACAAGGACGAGUCGGGAAACGAGUCGCGCAGCUCCACUAUGGGAAGAACAAGCAAGAGCUCCGGCCUGGCCCGGGGUAUCGGAGGGGUGGAGAAGAACACCCCCAAGACGGCCUCCAAGUCGUCGCUGCACUCCAAGUCCGACUCGAGGAGCUCCUUGAAGGCGCCCCAGCUUCUACAGAGUCCCAGUGGCACUGGCUUGCCCAAGCCCAUUGCGGCCAUCAAGGGCACCAGCAAGUUGCCACAAUUGGGGGCAAGUCCAGCCCUGCCAACCCCCGUCACAGAGCCGCCUCCUCCAAUCCAACCGCAAAUGUUUAAGCGCGAGACUAGCAACAUAUCAGAGAACAUAUCCCAACCGGGAAUGGGUGAACCACCCGUCACACAUAUCCUCAAGGCGGCGGCACAACCGCCACCCCCGCAGCCCUUCUAUGCCAACAGUCAGGGCGGCUAUCUAAGUGAGCCCAGCACUCCGCAGCACAGCUCCGGAAUCUACGGCAGCAGUCGCCUCCCACCGCCCAAGUCUGCCCUGGGUGUCCCCCGGAAACUGGAGUACAAUGCCGGACCUCACAUACUGGCUCGACCACCGGGGAUGCAACGACCUCUGGUCAACUCUGCCCCAAACACUCCCACCGCCUCGCCAAACAAGUUCCACACCAUACCCUCCAAGAUCGUGGGCACCAUCUACGAAACUAAGGAAGAGCAGCUGUCCCAGCUGCCACAGCUGCCCCAUCAGGAGCAGCAGACUUCGGUGCUGCCUAUGAGACCGCUGCUCCGGGGCUACAACUCGCAUGUGACUCUGCCCACAAGGGGAGCUCGCGGUGGCCACCACCCCCACCAGUCCUACCUGGACUUCUGCGAAUCGGAUAUUGGCCAGGGCUACUGCAGCGACGGGGAUGCCCUGCGCGUGGGCAGCUCCUCCACGGGCGCCCGCUUCCAGGACAUCGACAACGGAUACCUCUCGGAGGGCAGCAGUGGCCUGCAUGGACCCACCUCGUCCGGUGGAGGCAUCUCCCACGGCAAGCACUUCCUCAGCAUGAUGCGGGCACGCACUCAACUGCCCACAACCAUCGAAGAAAGAAUUCGCAAUAGUCGAGGCUCUUUGGACAGCAUCGGAACCGCCGCGAACGGUAGCUCUGCUGCCAGCCAGGCCAGCUCCAGCGGCGGCUCCACCACCACCCACAGCCACGCCCACUCCCACAGCAGCAACAACAACAAUAACAAUAACAACAAUAUCGGAGGAGGCGGUAAAAUGGAUGGGAGUCCCCAUCAUAGGCCAGGAUCUCGAAAUGGACGCGAUAACUGGAGCAAGAUGCCCGAGCCGCUCAACGGGCACAAGUCGGAGAAGUCCUCGCCGUCUCGCCGCAGUAUGGGCGGUGGGAGUGGCGGCUCCUCUAAGCAGGGCUCUCCCUCCUCCUCGCGCACAAAGGGCGUGCCGCCCAGUUUCGGGUACGUGAAGCGUGCCAACGGAAGCAUUGCCUCCACAGCCGAGCAGCAGAACAUCGCCAUGCUAAUGGCUGGAGCAGGUGGUGGCGUGGCAGCGCCCAAUGGUCUGCCCUGUGGCCGAACCGCCCACGUCUCGGCGGUGCCAAGGACGGCAGGUGGACGCAAAGUCGCUGGCGGAACUCAAACCCUGCCCAACGAUAUGAACAAACUACCGCCAAAUACCCAGCACCGUAGCUUCUCCUUGACGGGACCAACGGCCACCCAGCUCAGCCAGUCCAUAAGGGAGCGCCUGGCCACAGGAUCGCACAGUCUGCCCAAGCCCGGCAGUGAUCUGCAUGUCUUUCAGCACAGAAUUUCCAAUCGCCCUGGCACCCGACACGAUGGUUCCCUCUCGGACACUCAAACCUACUCGGAGGUCAAGCCGGAGUACAGCUCGUAUGCCAUGUGGCUGAAGCACAGCAACACGGCCGGAAGUCGCCUGUCGGACGGGGAGUCCAUCGAGCAGCUGCAGAUCGGGUCGCCCGCCAUGACCCGACAUGGCCACAAGAUGAUCCACAACCGAUCCGGGCCGGGGGCAGGCCAAAUGCCACUCUCUGGGAACGAGUCCCCGUAUGUCCAAAGUCCCCGCAUGAAUCGCAGCAACAGCAUAAGCUACUUGAAAGAACGGACAUAUCCAAGAUCCACGAAAUCAGAGAAAAUGUAUCCCUCGAUGCUGAGUCGUGGCGGCGACGUGGAAAUCGAGCCGUACUACUGUCUGCCGGUGGGAACCAACGGCGUCCUCAGUGCCCAAAUGGCAGCUGCUGUGGCGGCCCAGUCCCAGGCAGCGGCCCAGGGCAAUCCGGGUGGCCCGGUAGGCGGUGUGACCUGGAGUCAGCCCACCUCGCCCACGCCACUCGCCCGAGGCCCCUUUGCGUCGGCGGCCGCUGUUGCCGCUGCCGCCGGAGUGCUCUCCCCCACCCACGGAGCCACCGCAGCGGCAGGACUGGUUGGAGGUGCAGGUGCUGGAGGAACAAUCGUUGGACAUAGGCUCACAUAUCCCAAGAAAAACGACGAAGUUCACGGCAGUGCCGCCUCGCUGCUGUCCGGAGGCAGCUCCUUGUACGGCAACGCGGAGGAGCGACAGGCGCACGAGAUCCGGAGACUGAAGCGCGAACUGCAGGAUGCCCGGGAUCAGGUGCUCAGUCUGAGCAGCCAGCUGUCAACCAACGCCCAUGUGGUCACCGCCUUCGAGCAGUCCUUGUCCAACAUGACCAACCGGCUUCAGCAGCUGACGGCGACGGCGGAGCGCAAGGACGGGGAGCUAACGGACAUGCGCCAGACCAUCGAGCUGCUACGCAAGCAGUCCAUCCAGGCGGGUCUCACCACCGCCCACAUGCAGAGCAUGGGGGUGCAGACCCAGGGUCAGGGUCAGCCAGGGUCGGACCAGAAGCUGCCGCCCUCAGGGGCCCUGCGUCCCAGCAACGGAAACGGAACAGUGGGUGUGGCCAUGCAGCGCCAGCACAGCACCGACUCCAUGUGCUCCCUGAACUCCAUCAGUUCUGGUUGCUCGGCGGCCCAGGACAAGAACAAGGCCAACAAGAAGAAGGGCUGGCUGAGGAGCAGCUUCACCAAGGCCUUCUCGCGCAAUGCCAAGAUCUCAAAGACCAGUCGCCAUGUGGGGCAUCACCACCAGCACCACCAAAAUCACGCUCAGAACCAGGAUCAGCAGACGCUCGGAAAACUAUCUAAUGGCGUCCACGGUGAGCCUCUGGGCCUGGCAGCUCUGGCCACUCAGCCGCCACCUCCUCUUCCAAACAGCAAACAGGGCAGUCCGGCCAAGACGGUCACUCUGAUCGACAACGCCAAGCCUAUUGAUGCCAUCGACCCGGAGGAUCAGCAGAUGGUCGAGGACCUAAAGAAGCAGUUGCGCGAAAAGGACCUGGUCCUCACCGACAUUCGCCUGGAGGCCCUAAGCUCGGCUUCCCAGCUGGAAAGCCUCAAGGAGAUGAUGAACAAGAUGAGGGCCGAGAUGAAUUCUCUGAAGCAAAACAACGAGCGCCUCCAGAAGCUGGUCACUACCCGCUCCCUGGCUGGUUCGGAGGCAAGUCUGGGGCAGGCCAUCAGUCCCAAUGGAUCCGUGGCCGGCAGCUCCGAGGUUUCCAGACGUUAUUCCCUGGCCGAUAGUAGCAAUCGCCCACCAAUGGAGCUUCCAGCUCGUCUCAGCGAGGAACUGGAGCUGGAGGAGGAAUGCCUACCCCCGGCACCGGCUCCUGAGCCACCACCACCACCUGCUCCGAACGGCAACGGCGGUGUGGCCCCUCUGAGCCCAAGCACCCACAUCGAUCUGACUCCACCCCCACCCGCUCUGGAGGCAGCUCCUCUGGCAAGUCCUGUUCACAUGCCCAGCACCACCGAAGAGAUGACGGACGUGUGCGACGGCAAGAAGAUCGCCAUUUCCUGCUACUUGGGCCAGCCAGAAGCCUUCACCAAAUACUGCGAGGAGCUGCAGGAGCUGGACGGUUUCUAUGCCAACGGACACGACCUGGACGCUCAGUCCCAGUCAGAGCGCAAGGCCAACUUCGCCGCCGCCAGCUGCAACGAGUUCGUGAUCGCAUGCACCUACAUUUCUGGCAAGACCACCUGGCAGAAUCUGGACUACGUGGUGCGCAAAACCUUCAAGGACUAUGUCGCUCGCAUCGAUCCAGGCACCAACCUGGGCCUGAACACCGAUUCCAUCACCUCGUACCACCUGGGCGAGGCGAAGCGCGGUCCGGAGAUGGGCUUCCCGGAGCUUCUGCCCUGCGGCUACAUUGUUGGCAGUGUGCGUACUCUGUACAUUUGCCUCCAGGGCGUGGGCAGCCUGGCUUUCGAUAGCCUCAUUCCUAGGAGCAUCGUACAUCGCUAUAUCAGUCUGCUCACAGAGCACCGUCGCCUGAUCCUGUGCGGGCCAAGCGGCACUGGAAAGUCCUACCUGGCUCGCCGUCUGGCCGAGUUCUUGGUAGCACGGGCAGGUCGUGGAAAUCCCUCGGAAGCCAUAGCCACAUUCAAUGUUGACCACAAAUCCUCAAAGGAUCUGCGUCAGUAUUUGGGCCAUAUUGCCGAGCAGGCUGCCAUAGCCAACGGCGCCUCAGAGCUCCCCUCUGUGAUCAUCCUGGACAACCUGCACCAUGCUUCCGCUUUGGGCGAUGUCUUCUCCUGUCUGCUCAGUGCUGGCCCAGCUACCAAGCUGCCCUGCAUCAUUGGCACCAUGUCGCAGGCCACCUGCAACACCACCAAUCUGCAACUGCACCACAACUUCCGAUGGGUGCUGACUGCAAAUCACAUGGAACCCGUCAAGGGAUUCCUGGGCCGGUUUCUGCGCCGCCGUCUCUUCCAACUGGAACUGCAGACACAGCAUCCCCAGCCUGAACUGGCGACGGUCCUGGCCUGGUUGCCCACGGUGUGGCAGCACAUCAACCGCUUCCUGGAGGUUCACAGCUCCAGCGACGUGACUAUCGGUCCCCGGCUGUUCCUCGCCUGUCCCCUAGAUCUGAAGGACUCCCAGGUGUGGUUCACCGACAUCUGGAACUACCACCUGUCGCCCUACUUGGUGGAAGCUGUCCGCGAAGGUGUUCAGCUUUACGGACGUAGGGGAGGAGCUUGGAAUGACCCGUCGGCCUUUAUCAGGAACUCGUAUCCCUGGCCGUACGGCCCGGAUUCAGUGCCACCUCUACGCCAAAUCAAUGCCGAGGAUGUGGGCCUCGAAGGAGUUGCCCUGGUCAACGGCGAACAGCAGGAUCCUUUGCUCAAUAUGCUGAUGCGCCUGCAAGAGGCUGCCAACUACUCGGAGGCGCAGGACCAGGAGUCCGAUUGCGCUAGUCUGGACUCCAAUGUAACGCCCGACAGUUCGGCGGGCGCCGAGUAAACAGCAAUCACUUCGUACAUGCCAAAUUUAGAAGGACUAACUACCGGAUCCGCCGACCGGGGCCAAGACUAUCUGCACCAUCCUUGUACACCCAUCCGCACAAAUGAGAUUUCUUGCACUACUUUCGCAGCCAAGCAGUCCCAAGAGGUUUCCAUUUGCACCUAUACCCAUCCUCGCCCCAUAAUCCUCGACAUCAUUCUGUCAUCUAGCGUAAAUUGCACUUUUUAGCGCACUUGUUAAAAAUGCAAAUUGUCCAAGCCCAGAACCAAAAAGUUAAAGCACAACCAUCAAUAAAAACAUGAUCCUGGCCCCGGCUGCGCUUCCAAGCCCCCAAAAAACAAAAAAUAUAGAAACUUGAGAGAAAAAUCUUAACCCCAACAUGAAAUGUUAAACAAAUUGAGAAAAUGAAAUUAUAGGUUUUGUAAAUAGGAACUACCAAAAUCCCUUAAGCUUAAGUGAGAAACUGUUCGGCGGUAUUGACUUUUUAUAGCCUUUACCCUUUACUAGCCCUACCCCGGCAGAUCGUAUAUUAUAUAAACGGCAACUAACAUAAUAUCUAAUUGUAUUGUAAAUGUAGCCGUAAGUUUUUGCUACUACCAAUUUACAAAGUGUAUAUUUGAAGGAAAAAGCUUUCACUUUAGUUUAAUUAUUUGCGUAAUUAUCAUUAAAUAUUGUUACAAACAUAUUGCAUAUUUAUAAAAACCCAAUGAAGCAAAUACCAUUUAAAUAUUUAUUAUGCCAAGACGCGCUUGAACACAGGAAUAUGCGAAAGUGAAUACGUAAUGCGAAACCCCUUCCUCCAUAAAAUAGCUAAAUUAACAACACACCCAACUCCCAAUCUGAAGAUAUACACAUAUACUACCAAUAGAAUCAGUGAACUAUAUAAUAAACUGCAAUUUAUGUGUCUCUGUCUAAUUUAAAUGUGUGCAUUUAUGAGAUAUGACAUCAAAUCAAAAUAAAAUAUAAUAUCAAAAA